AUGAUUAUGCUGCUCGUGGUCAGUAUGCUGCUGGUCCCCUGUGUUGGGGGCCAUGCUCUGGACACCCCAAAUCCCCAGGAAUUGCCUCCAGGACUGUCAAAAAAUAUCAAUAUCACAUUCUUCAAUGGGAUGUUUAAAAAUGUGGAGAGUGUGGCUGAAAUUUUUGACUGCCUAGGCUCCCACUUCACCUGGCUGCAGGCUGUCUUCACCAACUUCCCUCUGCUGCUCCAGUUUGUGAACAGUAUGAGGUGUGUGGCUGGCCUCUGCCCCCGGGACUUUGAAGACUAUGGUUGUGCCUGCAGGUUUGAGAUGGAAGGGCUCCCUGUGGAUGAGUCUGACAGCUGCUGCUUCCAGCAUCGCAGGUGCUACGAGGAGGCUGUUGAGAUGGACUGUCUCCAAGACCCUGCCAAGCUCAGCGCAGAUGUAGAUUGCAUCAACAAACAGAUCACCUGUGAGUCCGAGGAUCCCUGUGAGCGCCUGCUGUGUACCUGUGACAAGGCUGCUGUUGAAUGCCUGGCUCAUUCUGGCAUCAACUCUUCCCUGAACUUAUUGGAUGCUUCUUUCUGCCUGCCUCAGACUCCAGAACCAACUAGUGGGAAGGUCCCAGUGACGCUCCUGCCUAGAGGGGUUCCUGAAAAGCCCACAGACAGCAGUCAGAUAGCCCUGUCAGGAGAAGUGGCUGGUGAGAUGAGAGAAGACAGACCAACAACACUCUCCAGGACAAAGUCUGUUCAAGAUCUUGAAAAUGUGGAAGCUGCUAGGACCACAUCAAGUCCAGGAUCUGCAGAGAUUGUUGCCAUAGCUAAGGGUGCAACCCAUGCUGCUGCUGGCAUGAAACCAUUGAGGUUGGGAGUAUCAUCUGUUGGCAAUGGCUCUCAGGAGACAACUGGAAAAGCUUGUGACAGAUUGGCCUUCCUGCAUCUGGGAGAUGGGGAUAGCAUGCAGGCCAUGCUACAGCUUGGAGAGAUGCUCUUCUGUCUAACAUCCCGUUGCCCAGAGGAAUUUGAAUCUUAUGGCUGUUACUGUGGAAGAGAAGGAAGAGGAGAGCCAAAGGACACCUUGGAUAGGUGCUGUUUGUCCCAUCACUGCUGUUUGGAGCAAGUGAGACACCUGGGCUGCCUGCAUGGGAGGCAUUCUCGGUCAUCUGUCGUAUGUGAAGACCACACAACCAAGUGUGUAGGACAGAGCCUGUGUGAGAAGCUACUAUGCGCCUGUGACCAGAUGGCAGCUGAGUGUAUGGCCUCUGCCUUUUUUAACCAAAGCCUCAAGUCACCAGACUGCCCCGAGUGCCAGGGUCAGCCCAUAUCCUGUGAGGAUGACAUGCUCGGGGGAAAUGUGGCCUCUUCUGUGGACUCCAGUUCGGAAGAGGAGAGCGAGGAGGCCACACCCUGGAUGGAACGUCCAAGAAGCAGGCUUCUUGAGAAGCCCCCUGGUCCCUUUAGGACCAGGCCCCUUGGUGGAAGAUAA